CCCCCAACUCAAUUUACAAUCAAAACAAUUACACACUUUUAUCCAACACUACUUUUGUAUCCUUUCCUGCCAUUAUGAAGUACAUUUACCGUAGACGUACGUCUUUUGUUUUCAUUCGUACCGCAUUACUUUUUUAACACGUUAUUUUCCUAUUCUUAUCAUCCUCGUAUCAUCAAGUCGAAAUAUACCUUUAUUUGUUGGAAUAGCACACCGUUAUCCACGAAAUAUUGGUUUUUGUAUGCGUUGUAAUCUUCGGUCCUCUCGUGCUCUACAUGCCCUCUCGUGUAAAUCCGCUGCUUUUUAUUGUAUUUGCUGCAUGUUUAAACUCACCAAUAUGUUUUGACCUUGACCUCUCCAGGUCUCCUUUGGCAAUUAGACCUAUUGUACUGCUUAUUUUAAAUAAAUACGUCGUAAAACGGAUAUCGACGUUGAAUUUUUUCAUGAUCCUCAAUAACAAUUCAUCUUCUUCUGCAUCUGAUGGUUUUAUUAUAAGAACUUGUUGUCGAUUUGCUGCAGUUAUGAGCUUUUUGAUCUCAAGGUCAAGUAGCCAAACUUAUAUCAAAGUAUAGUACCUAAUAAACGGCGGAAAGUGUUUUAAAAUUUGAGAAGCUGUUUAAUCUAGUUUUCAAAGAUGGCAUGACGUUGGACAUCUUUCCUACAAUGUUUCUUGU